AUGGACAACUCAUUCUUGGAUGAAUCUCAACAAGCUUCAAUGUCCAUUGAUCACUCUCAACCCCAAGUUGUUAUGGCUUGCACUAAGAAACCACAAUGGGGUGCCAACUUCUCUAUAGAGGAAGACAAGCAAUUGGUAUCGUCGUGGUUAAAUGUUGGCAUGGAUGCAGUGCAAGGGGCUGACGAAAAACACAGCCAAUUUUGGAAAAGAGUUCACACAUAUUUCCAUGAGCAUGAGGAGUUCCCUUCUAAACGAAUUUAUACCUCUCUAAUGAAUAGGUGGUCAACUAUUCAAAAAUCAGUUACUAAGUUUACUGCGUGCCUAUCUCAGAUUGAACAUCUCAACCAAAGUGAUACUACUGAGCAUGAUAAGAGGGAACAGAAGUGGUUGCACCAUGGCAACAAGGACAAACAAAAAAGAUCAUCUAUGGAAACAUAUACUAAUGUCACUCAUACUCCAGAUUCAAUAAAUGAAGGUGAGGGGGACAAUGUGUCGCAUGGUAACAAUGUAGACUGUGAGAGACCAAUAGGCAGAAAAGCCGAAAAGGCAAAAAGAAAGAGGAAAGAGGAUCCCUCCGAAGAUGUUGUGGAAUUCAUAAAGAUAAAAAUAGAAAGUCUUGAGGAAGUUCGUGUUCAAGGAGAAGAGAUAAUUCGCUUGGAAAAAGAAAAGCUUCAAUUGGAACAAUUGGAUCAUGAAAAGAUAAUGGAUAUUGAAUUGAAAAUGCUUCAUAUGCAAGAGUUGGAGUUGCAAGAGAAAAUGGAUAUGGAAAGGAAAAAAAUUCAAUCGGAACAAAUGGAUCAAGAAAAUAUAAUGGAUAUUGAAAAGGAAAAGGCUUCAUUUGCAAGGGUUGGAAUGGAAAGAGAAGAUGGAUAUUGA